GUGCUGUCGGGCUGUGCCAUCAUCGUGCGGGGGCAGCCCCGGGGGGGGCCCCCCCCUGAGCGCCAGAUCAACCUCAGCAACAUCCGUGCCGGGAACCUGGCGCGACGCGGAGCCCCCGGCCAGCCCGACGCCAAGGACACCCCGGACGAGCCCUGGGGCUUCCCGGCCCGGGAGUUCCUGCGGAAGAAGCUCAUCGGGAAGGAGGUUUGCUUCACCGUGGAGUACAAGACCCCGCAGGGCCGGGAGUAUGGGAUGGUGUACCUGGGGAAAGACACGAGUGGUGAGAACAUCGCCGAGUCCCUGGUGGCCGAAGGACUUGCCUCCCGUCGGGAAGGGAUCCGGGCCAACAACCCCGAGCAGAGCCGGCUGGCAGAGCUGGAGGAGCAGGCCAAGAGCGCCAAGAAGGGGAUGUGGAGCGAGGGCACGGGGUCCCACACCGUGCGGGACCUCAAGUACACCAUCGAGAACCCCCGGCACUUCGUGGACUCCCUGCACCAGAAGCCGGUCAAUGCCAUCAUCGAGCACGUGCGGGACGGCAGCGUGGUGAGGGCCCUGCUGCUGCCCGACUACUACCUGGUCACCGUCAUGCUCUCGGGCAUCAAGUGCCCCACGUUCAAGCGCGAGGCCGACGCUCCCGAGGUCCCGGAGCCGUUUGCGGCCGAAGCCAAGUUCUUCACGGAGUCCCGGCUGCUGCAGAGGGACGUGCAGAUUGUCCUGGAGAGCUGCCACAACCAGAACAUCCUGGGCACCAUCCUGCACCCGAACGGGAACAUCACAGAGCUGCUGUUGAAGGAGGGCUUUGCCCGGUGUGUGGACUGGUCCAUCGCCGUGUACACCCGUGGGGCCGACAAGCUGCGUGCGGCCGAAAGGUUCGCCAAAGAGCGCAAACUGAGGAUCUGGAGGGACUACGUGGCCCCCACAGCAAACCUGGAUCAGAAGGACAAGCAGUUUGUGGCCAAGGUGAGGGGCAGG